CACCAACUGCACAUCGCCCUCGCUCCCGGCCUUGCUCCCUCACGCUCACUCUCGACCGGCACGCCGCCGCGCCGCCCUGCUCGCACACACUCCUCCACCUCAGCCGCCCCACCAGCUCCGGCAUCGCUCAGGAGCGCGCCAUCGCCUCUUCAAGCCACCUCGCUCACGCCACUGGUCGCGCCGCACCACCAAUGGCGGCCAGCCCGGGGCUCGGCGUCGGCGCCAUGCAGUCUCCACGCAGCUCCUCGGACGCGCCGCAUGUCCGCUCCUCGUCGUCGUCUGCGCACUCGCCCGGCGCAUCGCAGCCAGACUGCUCCUCGCCCGCGUCUGUCGGUCUCGGGCCGCUCACUACGGACGCAGCAGCAGCAGCGCCGCUCAACUCGCCCGCCUUCGUGCCGCGCCUGAGCCCGCAGGCCGAGAUCAGCAGCCUGGACCUCGGUACGUCGCUCUCGGCUUCGGCAUCUUCGAUCGAGGACUCGGCGGAGGAGAUGGCUUCUCGGCCGCAGCCUCAACCUACGCGGCCGCCUGCUGCAGUUGCGAGUGCUACCACGGCGUCAUCGUCAAGCAGCUCGGGGCUGAAACGCCAGCGCGGCCUCGACCCGCCGCCCUCAAGCAAGACGCAGUCGAGCGGCGACGUGUCCAAGCGCGAGCUGCCGCCGCAUCUCGACUCCAUCGAGGCUCUCGAGCGCAGACGCUCGCCGGUCGGCGAGGCUCAAACAGAGCGGGAGCGCACAAGCACCGACGACGGCAGCAGCGCAGGCAUCGACGGCGCAGCCUUUCCUCCACCGCCUCGUCGCGGCGUCGACUCGCCCACCUGGCGCAAGGAGCAGCAAUCACCUCGCGUCGACCAUGCUUCGGCAGCACGUUCCGACCGCAAGCCUGGUACGUGGCGUCUUCGCAACGGCAGCCACCCCACUCGACCGGCGCUUCAAUCGCAAGACCACCUCGCGCAUCGACGCCAGCAAGAGUCGACGCAGGACUUGGCGCCGCUCGAAGGCCGUCUGACCUCUCUCGUCGACUCGCAUUCAUCAUCAACCACGCGCUCCGGCAAGCGACCUGACUACUCGACGACGCUCGCCGAUCUGGGCAGCCGUGGCGACGGCGAUGGCAUCUCCGAGCUCAGCCAGACCAUCGGCUCAUCGUGCCACUCCGGCUCGUCCUUCACGGAUGCUGAGCAUGCCACGGCUGCCGGCGGCCAGGCCGAUCGUCAACGCCUUCGCGCUUUGACCAUGUCGUCUGUGCCGCUGCCUCAUCCAUCGACACUGCCUCGUCCGACCUUGGCCGGGCCUUUGAUGCCUGCGAUGCAGCCGCCCACACGCGCAAGCGAUGUCUUCGCCAAGAUGGCCGGCGCCGGACCGCCAAGCCCGUACCCUCCGCCCGGCAGCUCAUCGACAUUCUCGAGCACCGAGUCACUUCUGUCGUCUCGCAGAUCGGCACUGGGACCCGCUCCGCCACCGUUCGGCAGCACUAGCUUCCCGCUGCCGUUCGGCGAUGCCGGAGCAGAUGCAUCGUGGCGCAGCCGCGUGCCUCUGCCGCCGUCAUUCCGACGCGACGGUCACGCGUUCGGCGCCGCCUCGCAUUGCGGCCUGCCGCCGCACGCUCUGCCUUUCAGCAGCCCAGGUGAAGUAGACUGCACAUCGGAGCGGCUUGCCCGCCUCGACGCACUUCGUCGCACCGUCGAGGAGCAAGAGCUUGCGCUACAGCAAGGCUACUUCGACGCCGAGACGGCCCAGACACAGCUCGAGCACUUCCAGGAGGAGCUGCACACGCUGCAGCAGGCGGGGCGACCGGCGCCGCUGUCGAUGCCCAUGCAGCCCGCACCGCCUCUCUCGCCGCUCGCAGGAUGGCCAGCCGGCGGUCCCGCUCCGCCUCUUUCAUUCGACGGCGGCGACGAGGCCUGGUGGAAAGAGCAGAUCCGCACGCAGCAGCAGUACAACAACGGCGGCGGACCGAGUCCCAACAACUGUGAGUCGACUGAGCACUAGCACUCUGCGCUGCUGAAUGUGUCCAUUCGACAGGCAAGCUGGGCCUGUACAAGACGGAGCUCUGCCGCAGCUGGGAGGAGCGCGGCAACUGCCGCUACGGCAGCAAGUGCCAGUUCGC